GAACUAAAUAUGAGAACAAUAAUAGUAUAACAAAACACAGUAAAAAUCGCUAUUUAGUCAACUAUACAAAUAUAUGGUAGAGUACCUGGCCAUACAGUACAGUGUACUGUAUUAAGGUCAUUGCUAAGUUAUAUCUACAUUUCCAGCCUUUGCGUGUCGUCUGUUGGCUUUCGCGUUCUUUUCGCGAAUUAAAAGCUAAAAGACAUUAAUAUUAUACAGUACUGUACAUAUAUUUAAUGCAUUUAUGAGUUUCUAGACCUUUUGAGUGUCGUCUGCGGCUUUCGCAACACUCCCAAAACUUCCCAUUUAAUGUCUUUUGCCGACCCCGCGAUUUAUCGAAACCGCGACGGGGAAAGUGGCGGUGCAGAAGGGUCGACUGUCUCAUCAAACAGGAGGAAUUCACGGUGCAACGCAUCUCAUCUGUUAAACAUCUGCAGGCAAUAGGAUUGUCAUCGAUUGAUCCUGCCUGCAGACAUUGGUAGGUCACAGAUAAUGAUGAAGAUAAGAGAGCAGCAGAUGAGGACAGAGCAGCAGAAGAGCAGAGCGCUGUGGAUGAUGACGGUGGUGGUGGGGGAUGAAACUCACGGAUUUCACUUGCGUACUUACUCGACCGUGCAUCUCUUGUGAAGAUGAGCGACCUCCAUGCAGCCACCCUGAAGCUCCUGUCCACCUUCAAUGAACUCGCCCGCGACAGUGCUGUGAAAGAUUGUCUGAAGAAGGAAACGUUCAGGAGCUUCCUGAAGGGGGAUAAGGGCAAGAGUCUGAUCCAGAAUCCCGUGGAUGGGUUCGUGGUGAGCCGCAUCCUGAGGGACCUUGGUGAUGACAAAGAUGGGGAAGUCGACUUCCUCGAGUUCGUGAUCACGAUCGCCGCCUUGAAAUUCUGCUGCCACCCGAACUUCCGAGCGCACCACGAGCGGAAUGGCAGGACCCACGCGUUGCGCGCAUUCCAAGUGUAACGCGCCUGUUGCAUGAAACGGAU